AUGUCCUUCAACUCUAUCCUUGAAUGCCUCUUUGGCACGUGGGAAAGGGAGCCAAUUCCGUCCCGAUCUCUCCAUUCGCUCAAAGCCGUUGCUUCCAAUAUUGUUACAACAAUUUUAACUGCCGAAGACCCCUAUUUGCUUCACAAGCAGCUGAAGGAGGACAUAACCACGAGCGGCUGGUCCGAUAUGCUGGCUAGAGCUACACUUCAAGGACUAGAACACGCAAUCAACGCCGGUGCGGCGAUGGCGCGACUUGCGGCUGAUGCUGCUGCCCGAAGCAAGGAUGCCGCGAUCGACUUCACAACCAAUCAUCCUAUUCUUGUCACUCUCAUUGCGCUAGGCAUUCUAGCGCUACUGAUGCCUCCGGUUCUCGAGAUCCUGGGAUUCGGAGAAUUGGGUCCAAUCGAAGGUUCAUUUGCGGCAGCUUGGCAACGGCAGUUUGCUGGAGAGGUUCCCAAGAAAGCUUUGUUUGGUUAUUUCCAGAGGCUCGGGAUGAAGUGGCAUUGGACCAUUUAA